UCUCUUUCUUGAUCAUGUUUUUCUCAGUUCUUGAUCAAUCCUAAGCCAAUGCUCCAUCUGUUUUGUGUUGCAACCUAAGACGUUGUGUUAUCACUUUUAACUUAUAUAACUAUAGUUCAGAAUUUCACCAUGGAUUCAUCAGACCAAAGUAAAAAGCGAAACUUCGAUCAAUUAUACUCAAAGCCCCUUGAAGCUGACAAUUCACAAACUGAAGAAUCACUUUCUUCUAACAUUGACCCCAGAAGUUAUCAAUUAGAAGUGUUUGAAGUUGCAAGAAGGAGGAACACAAUAGCAGUGUUGGAUACAGGCUCUGGUAAAACCUUGAUAGCUGUAAUGCUUAUAAAGGAGGUUGGUCAUGCUAUCAAGACUUGUGGUGUAAAGAAGCUAAUUAUUUUCUUAGCUCCAACCGUUCAUCUUGUAAAUCAGCAAUUCAAGAAUAUAAAAUAUCUAACAGAUUUUCAAAUUGAGGAAUUCUACGGGGCUAAAGGAGUCGAUACAUGGAAUUUAAAGACUUGGGAAAAGGAGAUUAGUAACAAUGAUGUAUUUGUUAUGACACCCCAAAUUCUUUUAGAUGCCUUAAGAAAAGCAUUCUUGAAUAUAGAAAUGAUAUGCUUGAUGAUUAUUGACGAAUGUCAUAGAGCCACUGGUAACCAUCCCUAUGCAAAAAUAAUGAAGGAAUUUUAUCACCAAGCCAACGAAAAGCCAAAGAUUUUUGGGAUGACAGCAUCUCCAGUGGGUAAAAAAGGUGUUUCCUCUGUUAUGAAUUGUGAGAGUCAAAUAUCAGAACUAGAAAACAUCUUGGAUUCCCGGAGAUAUACUGUUGAAAAUCGGACAGAGAUUGAUGUAUUUAUCCCAUCUGCAAAAGAGAGUUGUAGAUAUUAUGAUCAAGCACGAUGUCCUGCUUUGAGUUUGAAACCAAAGAUUGAAGCCUUGUGGUUCAAGUCUGAUCCAUUGUUAUCAGAAUUUCAAAGUAAAUUUAAGACGUUGCAUCAGCGGAUGUCCAAUGAAGUUGCUAAGAUUUUACAUUGUCUUGAAGAUCUUGGAAUCCUAUGUGCUUAUGAGGCUGUUAAAAUCUGUCAUGAGAAUUUCUCCAAAAUUGAGGGAGAAUGUGAAAUUUAUAGAAAAGGUUAUCUUCAGUUCAUAAAUUACAUUGAAGAAGUAACCAAAAUUAUCGAAGAAUCCCUCCAUCUUGCUGAUAUACAGAUUUUGGAGGUUGAAUUUGACUUUUCCAAGGCAGUAGAGUUGGGAUACAUAUCUCCAAAAUUACUUGAACUUAUUAGAAUCUUCCAGUCAUUUGGAGAAUCUAGUCAGAUGUUGUGCCUUAUUUUUGUUGAUAGAAUCAUUGCAGCUAAGGUGAUUGAAAGAUUUGUGAAGAAAGUUUCCCAGAUCUCUCAUUUCACAGUUUCGUAUUUAACUGGAAACAGUACAUCGGUUGAUGCACUGGCUCCUAAGAGGCAGAAGGAGAUAUUGGAUUCUUUCCGUGCUGGAAAGGUCAAUCUAUUAUUUACCACUGAUGUACUAGAGGAAGGAAUUCAUGUGCCAAACUGCUCUUGUGUGAUACGUUUUGACCUCCCGAAGACAGUUUGUAGUUAUGUCCAAUCUCGGGGAAGAUCUAGGCAAGCUAACUCCCAAUUUAUUGUGAUGUUGGAGAGGGGAAACUUGAAGCAAAGAAAUCAACUCUUUCACAUCAUCAGGAGUGAGCGCUCUAUGACUGAUGCAGCUAUUAAUAAAGACCGUGAAUCUAGUUUAAGAGCAUUUACAGUUGGGAAAACAAAUGUUUACUAUGUGAAUUCUACUGGAGCAUCAGUCACGUUAGAUUCAAGUGUUUGUUUUAUAAAUCGAUACUGUGAAAAGCUCCCACGAGAUAAGUACUCCUGUGCAAAGCCCAGUUUUGAGUUUCUGCCUAUGGAAGGGUGUUACCAGUGUAAAUUAAUAUUACCACCUAAUGCAGCAUUCCAAACAAUAAUUGGUCCUUCAGAAAAAGAUAUGCGUUCAGCAAAGCAUCUUGUAUGUUUUGAAGCUUGUAAGAAGCUGCAUCAAAUGGGCGCCUUAAAUGAACAUCUUGUCCCAUUCAGUGAAGAUCCUUUGGAAGCUGACCAUAUCACGAAAAACAAAGAAUCAAGUUCUGGUGCAGGAACCACAAAAAGGAAGGAGUUACAUGGCACAGCUAGCAUUCGUGCAUUAAGUGGCACAUGGGGUGACAGAUUCGAUGGAGUCAAAUUUCAUGCCUAUAAAUUUGACUUCACUUGUAGUAUUGUUAAUGAAAUGUACUCUGGGUUUGUUCUUCUGAUUGACUCGAGGCUUGAUGAUGAUGUUGGAAAUAUGGAAUUAAAUCUUUAUUUGGUCUCAAAGAUUGUGAAAGCUUCUGUCUCUUCAUGUGGGCAAGUUGAUUUGAAUGCUGAACAGAUGAUGAAAGCGAAAUGCUUCCAUGAACUUUUUUUCAACGGUUUGUUUGGGAGGUUGCUUGUUAAAUCUGAAUCAGCAAGAGGGAAGAGGGAAUUUUUACUUCAAAAAGACACAAAAUCAUUGUGGAGCCCAAAAAACUUAUAUUUGCUUCUACCUCUUGAGAAAUUGAAUGAUGUUUGUCAGGGAUCUUUGCCAAUAAAUUGGUCUGCAAUCAAUUCUUCUGCUUCUGCUAUUGAAUUCUUAAGGAGGAAAUUUUCUUUGGAUGCUGGAAACUCUGAUGAUAGCAGCACAAUUACAUCACCUAAUGAUAGCAGUUCAUCAGAGAUGGAAUGUGCAGGCACAAACAAGAUUCACUUUGCUAAUUGUGUGGCUGAUGCUAAUAAUAUAAAAGACACAGUAGUUUUGGCCAUUCACACUGGGAAAAUAUAUUGUAUUAUUGAGAUGGACAGUAAACUAUCUGCUGAAAGUCCUUUCGAUGGAAACAAAGAAAAAUCGAAGGAAAGCAUAACCUUCUCAAAUUAUUUCAGCCAAAGGUAUGGGAUUACACUGAGACACCCAAGACAGCCUUUGUUACGAAUGAAGCAAAGUCAUAAUCCACACAAUCUUCUUUUUAACUUCUAUGAGGAAGCAGAUGAUAGGUCAUCACCAUCUGGCCCGGUAACCUCAAAGGUGCCUGCUCAUGUUCACAUUCCACCUGAGCUUCUAUGUGUUCUUGAUGUUAAAAGUCUUGUGUUGAAGUCACUGUAUUUGUUGCCAUCUCUGAUGUACCGUAUUGAAUCUUUCAUGUUGUCCAGUCAACUUAGAGAAGAGAUAGAUGGUCAAACUAGCAAUUUCAAGAUACCUUGCUCUCUGAUUCUAGAAGCACUUACAACUUUAAGAUGUUGUGAGAAGUUUUCAAUGGAACGCCUUGAGUUGCUAGGAGAUUCUGUUUUGAAGUAUGUGGUGAGCUGUCAUCUCUUUCUUAAAUAUCCUAAGAAACAUGAAGGACAAUUAUCUGCAAAGCGAUCAUGGGCUGUUUGUAAUUCAACCCUACAUAAACUGGGGACAGAUCGCAAAUUACAGGGAUACAUCAGAGACUCUGCAUUUGAACCACGCCGUUGGGUUGCUCCAGGACAGUGUUCUAUACACCCUGUUUGUUGUGAUUGUGGGUUGGAAACCCUAGAAGUUCCUUUAGAUGUAAAAUUCUAUACUGAAAAUCCAAAAGUUGUGGUUGGUAAAUUCUGCGACAGGGGUCACCGCUACAUGUGCUCAAAGACUAUUGCUGACUGUGUUGAAGCUUUGAUAGGAGCUUACUAUGUGGGUGGUGGACUUUUUGCUUCACUUCAUGUGAUGAAAUGGCUUGGGAUUGAUGCUGAGCUAGAACUAUCCUUGGUUGACGAAGCCAUCACUGCUGCGUCUCUGCACGCAUAUGUGCCAAAAGUAAGUGAGAUCAAAGGCCUUGAAAAGAAAAUUGGGUACGAAUUUUCUGUCAAGGGACUCUUACUGGAGGCCAUCACACAUUUAUCUGAGACAGAACUUGGGAUUGGCUGCUGUUAUGAGAGGCUUGAAUUUCUUGGUGACUCGGUAUUAGACCUGCUAAUCACAUGGCAUCUUUAUCAGAGUCACAGAGAUGUUGAUCCAGGAGUGUUGACAGACUUGCGUUCUGCUUCUGUCAAUAAUGACAAUUUUGCUCAAGUUGCUGUUAGACAAAACCUUCACCACCACCUUCUACAUAGGUCAGGAUUUUUACUGAGCCAGAUAGCAGAAUAUGUGAAGAUCAUUUCUGAAUCAGACUCCAGAUCACUCCCUGGCAUUAAAGCUCCCAAGGCACUUGGAGAUCUAGUGGAAAGUAUUGCUGGGGCUAUACUAAUUGAUACCAAACUCAAUCUUGAUGAAGUGUGGAAACUUUUCUAUCCUCUAUUAUCACCCAUUGUUACUCCCGAUAAACUUGAACUGCCUCCAUUUCGUGAGUUGAAUCAAUUAUGUGACUCACUCGGGUAUUUUGUAAAAGUAAAAGAAAAAUGUGAAAAGAAGGGAUCUGUGGAGCGUAUUAUGCUUAGUGUACAGCUGCCAAAUGCCCUAUUGGUUCAAGAAGGAAAGGGGCCAAAUAAAAAAACUGCAAAAGGAGAAGCAGCUUUUCAUUUGCUUAAGGAACUUGAGAAGAGGGGAAUUUCAUAUUGUAGUAGUGUGUCCAAGGGAAAAAGAGAUAAUCCCGACCAAAUCCGUGAUUCAUCUCUUCUCAAAAUGGAUUCUAGUAUUUCCCAUUCUCUAACUGAAGAACAUUCCUCAAAUCCAGCAUUGCAUAAAAGGCCCAGAUUGGAUGAUACAAACUUAAGUGCGAGUGAAGUCUCUGGUUUUAGUGCUUCCAUUCCAGUUAUUUCAUCAAUUAAUAUGAAGAAGGGAGGACCCCGGACCACACUGUAUGAACUGUGUAAGAAAUUGCAGUGGCCAAUGCCUGCAUUUGAUUCAACAGAACAUAAAAGAUCAAUAUUAGAAUCUUGUGAAGGCUUGGAAGGAAGCAAGGGACUUAACUGUUUCAUGUCAAAAAUUACCUUGUGCAUUCCAAAUGAUGAUGAUGUAGAAUGCCAAGGAGAAGCUAGGAGUGAUAAGAAGAGCUCAUAUGACUCUGCUGCAGUUCAAAUGCUUUACAAGUUACAGCAACUCGGAAAACUAAAAAUUGAUGCUCCUAAUUAACUUUUUGCAUUUUAGAGAAAUGAAACAGGUUUAUUAUUGACAUAUUUUCCAAAUGAUUAGGGUAAGUGAAAGGAAAAGAAAAAGAAAAGAGAGAAAAUAAGAAAAUGGCCAGUACCACAAUUAUGUGCACCCCUGAAAAAAAAUAAGCUGUUGUUUUGUGCCAUUGAUCUGAUAAAUUGCCUCAGAUUAAUGGUACAGGACCACAAGUUUAAAUAUUUUGUGGGUGUAAAAUAGUGGUAUUAGCUUUAUAAACCAAGAGGAGAUAUUAUUGGGAAAAG